ACAUGACCUGUCAAGUAGGAAGUGGAGGAGCGCUAACGAGCAGCAGCACCAGAAAUUGGAGACGCAGGACGGUGUUGUUGAAGCCGUGUGAAAUCUCUGAAGUCUCAGUCUCGAUUUGUCUCUGAGCAGAAUAGCACCUCUUUUCCACAUCUUGAACACGGAGCAAUAAUUGGGCCACAGUCAUGAACGUGAAGUUGGUGUUUUUCGCCGCAAUUGUCGCUCUUAUUGGCGCAGCAGCAGCCGCCGCAGCAGCAGACCCAGAUGCAUGCUCCAAAUUGGAAUCAUGUGAUAAAUGCGUAGCUGAUGGUGACUGUCUUUGGGUCAACUGCACAACAUCAUUAGUCUGUCGGAACGCAACUCUGGCACAAGAGGAGAACUGCACCAAAAUCGUCUGCUUCGACCCAACAGUUUCUCCACCUACAACUGCUUCCCCCUCUACCCCUGCUGUCACGACUGCCUCUAACGGCAGCAGCACUCAGCCCACAACAGAGAAUGGAACCACCACUAUCCCCAUUCCAACUGGUAACAGCUCCACACCUAAUACAACAUCGACUACCACAAUUACACCGCCAGUCUCCCCCACUCCUGCUUCUCAGAAGAACUCAACCUUUGAUGCUGCGAGCUUCAUCGGUGGAAUAGUGCUGGUGCUGGGCCUGCAAGCUGUCAUCUUCUUCCUCUACAAGUUCUGCAAAUCCAAGGAUCGCAACUACCACACCCUUUGAAGCAGCAGCUCUGUUGGCUCAACAUCACUGGACCCCGUCCCCACCAGCUAGAACCUUCCAGAGAUGACUCCCCAGUCAGCACACGCUCAUCACACACUCACCACAAUGAACUCAAACAGUGUUUCCAAGCUGUGAUGUUUGUGCCACUUGUGGUUUUUGGCCCGCAUUAGCGCUGCAUUAAGGCUUCCACGCAUGCCUGUAUGUAUGUAUGUAUGUAUGAUAAUUCGCAUAACACCAACUUGUGCAACUAAACAGAUCUCUCGUGAUAUGGUAUUUAAGCCUCGGGCAUAUGGAUUACGUCACGUGGUAGCUACUCCCACCUCCGCCAUGCUGUUAGUCAUCCUGCGAAGACCGUUUUGGGAGGAUGUACAGCAUCUUCUCAAAUCUUAAUUUUGGAAACACUGUUUGAGUUCACAGCUAUUUUUAAAUGUGGCGAUGGCGAUGAGUCAGUAUUGCUUGCAGCCUGUUGAAUCGUGGGCAGGCCCCCCCCCUCCCCCGUGCAGCCGUAUUGUGUAUAUGUAUUCAAAAAUUACAUAAAGGAGGUGGGGUCGCUUACAAAGAAAUACGAGCAACACCCAAUCGUUCAAUAUCAGACUGGAAAAACGGCAGUUUUGAUGGGUGUCUCCCUUGGCAUUUAGGCGUGAAUUUCCUGGGGAAAAUCUCUCACCCAAUACAGGUUGUUCAUAUUUGUCAAAAGCCAACUGCUAGUGGAGCAGCUCAAUGCAAUAAAAGAUGUAUUAAGUUCAUUUCCCAAUCAUUAAUAGAGCCCAAUGUUAUUUCUAAUAUUUUUGCUGACAUCGAAAUCAUACCCACGCGGAUUGCGAAUGUGGAGUGGAGUUUUCCGUGGAUUCGUCGAAAAGAGUGGGGAAAAAAAGCGAUUGUAGAAUACUUCAGAAAUAUAAAUAAUUAAUUUGUUUAUGAUGAUGUAUAAAAUGGAGAAUGGGGAGACGGAGGAAAAUGUUGUGCACCGUUCUGGACGUGGACAGUGAUAGCAGUGAAGUGCCUUUUAAUGUCCAGUAAGACUAAAAGAGUGAAAUGGAAGUGUUCUCCCCCAUCGAUGUGUUUGUAUCGCGGCACUUAUAUUGGUCAACAUUGAGAUCUGUAGUGUCCAGCUGGACUGAAGAGCCUUUUAUUGUUGAAGAAUACAGUAGAUAGUUGUCACUUGAGGGCCUUGAUCAACCAUUAUUGAAGUUUUUUUCCCUACAAGUAGAAGACUGUGGUCUUCUGACUGGUGUUGACCUUGUAUGAGUAGAUCAUUUAAGGUACUCUCUGUUUUGUAGCUCUUGAUUCCGCUUCCAAAUGUCCUCCCGUCUGACUAUUUAUGUUUCAGGACUAGGCUGUAAAUUGCAUUAAAUUAAAAAAAAACAUGAACAAUGAGCUGGCAGGAAAUUUCAGUCUGAUUAUUUGCUACAAAUCGUGGAGCACACCUUUUUACUUACUGGGCUUGACUUAAAAAGUAAUGGAGAGAAACUCUGUGGUGAAAGUGUUGGACUGGCACCUUAAUUUCUGACUUUUGGCGUGGAUGUGUGAAGAUUUGGAUGGAGUGCAGGAUUGCAGUGGUCAGGCUCAUGUCAACUUCUCUAAUUAGCUUGCUGUUAACUGUGAUUUUUUGUUGUUGUUGUUGUUGUCACUCCUGUACGAAAGGCCAAAUGAAGGAGCGUUUAUCAGGACUUUUUGCUUGUAGCAGCUUGUCAGUGUCAAGAAUGUUUAGUUUAAAUGCCUUUUAUUUCACUAUUGCAUGCUAAAUGCUUGGAGUUGUGAUCCCCCCCCCUUUAAAAUGCAUAUGAUCUCAAGGGUUUAUUCACACUUAAUGAAAAAAGAAACAACCACUUGACUAUUUAUGAUUAGCCCAUAUGCUAGUUGAAAGAAUGCCUUGAAAUGGUGUGCAUUAAGCCAAAGUCCUCAGUUUUGGCAUGGAGCAUUUGAGCAUUGCGCUGACGAGCUUUGUUUUGUUACUUGUCUUUUUGUAAAUGUUUUCCUGGUUCAACCAAAAAAAAAAAAAAACAACAACCCAAGAAUCUGAUGCUUGUAUAAAUACUCUUGAAUAUUAACUAGAUGCUGAAUGAAUAAUCAACUCGUUUUGUAUGACCACACACGAUUACAAGUGCAGAUGUUCAGGUUUUCCUUACCCAUACCCCCCUUCUUUCUUUUUGUUUUGGCUUGCAUAAUUUAGGAUGACAUAUUUUCUGCUGCUCACCACUGACACGCCUUUUAACCUACAGUCACCUGGUGACAUUAGGCUAAAGCCCAAAGACCCAAUCAUGGUGAUGAGGUGACACAGUUUUGCCUUAGCUGCACCCAUUUUGUUUCAUUCUCUGCAUGAGGAGGCCCUUCACCCCAAACUUUGAGACCUAUAUUGAGUUUUAUACACAGCCAUUGGGUGGUAUGUCAUGUAUUAGACUGCUGUCCCCUUUGCUUUCCCCCAUGGUAACAGCACAGCAUCACAUGUCGACAUUGUGGCGUUUCAGAACACAACUGUUGUCCAUGUAUUGCCAAUAGAUGUUCAUUGUGAUGCCUCUCUGCAGUCUCUCAGCCCCUGCACCUCUUCAGGAAAAGUGCCUUAUUCAGUUGAUCCAUUUACAAUAUAGAUUGUUAAAUGAUAUAUGCCCACACCUAGUAAAUAUCAAUGGGACUCCACACUUUCAGAACCCUGCGAAGUGGUUUUCUGUGUUGAAUUCUCCACAGUUAUCUGUCUUGUUACACCCAGCCUUAACUUCACGAUCAAAUCCAUAGAGCAUUUGCUAGUGACGGACUGUCUUGGCAACUAUCAGGUCACUGUAGUUUCAAAAAUGAAAAUGAAUUGUACUUAAAUUUUGACCAAAAGACCUAAAGGGUAUUCUUGAAUAGAUUAAACCAGCCAGUGUUUGGCUUAGGUUUCAGAUCUGGCCUGGUUGUACCUUGAACUUCUUGUCACUAGCCUGUCGUAAUAAAAUAUAGCCUCAGUUAUGUAUUCACAGCUACAGACCUCGAGUGUUCUUUACAUUUGCUUGAUUACACAAACUUGUCACAUGAUAACUUGAACUCCGCUUUGAUUGUAAUUUUCAAUUGUUGCAGUAAACAGCUUGCUCUCUCCUUGUUUAAAUUCAAACUCCAGUUUUCAGUCAUUGAGGGCUCUUCUGUCUGUUUACAGCCUCGCAGUGUUCAGUUCUAAGAGUGAAGACGAAAAAGCUUUUUUGAUUCCCGCCUUUAUCUUGUGGCUUUAUUGUUCUGUAGUGCCAUAUGCUUUUUUUUCUUUUCUUUUCUUUUUUUACCAGUAACAGGCCAUCAGUUGUGUAGGUACGAUUAUUUUGGCUUUGCUCUAACCCCACUUAAACACACAUUAACAUGUAGACUCAUGCAGGUGCCACAAUGCCUCCAGAACAGUUUUUGUUGUUUCCUUUUUCUAAAAACCUUUUUAUUUUUUGCCAUGUUUUCUAGUGUUGCCUUUAGUUUCACAAUGUUGAAUCAAUAAAGUUUAAAUAUUGUUAAA